ACAAAGUGGUCCACAGAUCAGCUCUUCUACUCAUUCUGAAAGUGCAAGGUGUCACCAGUAGAAGAAGAAAGAAAGGUGGCCAGCGGAGAGAAAGAGCAUUCAGACAUGGCUGUGCGUAUCAUACGUGGGAUGGAGGAUCUGGUGGCAUCGGGUAGCCAGCUUGUCUGGAGCCUGGCGCAUCAGACACUGAGGAGCUGGUACAAUCGUGGGCUGAUGCCAUGCAGACGCUUCCUAGAAGCCUGGUUCAGGAUUGGGAAAUGCUACCAGAUGACAGAGGGCCGCCUGUGCCAAGUUCACCUCCUUGAUGACCGCAAGCUGGAGCUGCUGGUUCAGCCCAAGCUUUUGUCCCGUGAACUGCUAGAUCUGGUAGCGUCACAUUUUAAUCUGAAGGAGAAAGAGUACUUUGGAUUGUGCUUCAUAGAUGACACUGGCCAGAGUAACUGGCUCCAGCUAGAUCGUAAAGUCCUCGAUCAUUACUUCUCCAAGACUUCGGGGCCUUUGGAGCUCAAGUUCCUUGUGAGGUUUUACAUUGAGAAGAUCACCCUCUUGAAAGACAACACAACAGUGGAGCUGUUCUUCCUAAAUGCUAAAUCUCUAGUGUUUAAUGAGACCAUUGAAGUGGAGAGUGAAAAUGUGUUCAAGUUAGCCGCGUUCGCAUUGCAGGAGGCCAAAGGAGAUUACAGCAGUGCUGAAACUGCUACAUCAGACCUGAAACAGCUACCAGUCCUGCCCACCAGAGUAUUAAGGGAACACCCGUCUCUCAACUACUGUGAGGAAAAAGUGAUUGAACAUUACAAGAAGCUGAUAGGACUGACCAGAGGGCAAGCCAUUGUUCAGUAUCUGGCCCUGGUGGAGUCCCUGCCAACAUAUGGAGUCCAUUAUUACCCAGUGAAGGACAAGCAAGGAAUACCGUGGUGGCUGGGAGUCAGCUAUAAAGGCAUUGGCCAGUACGAUUGGCAGGAUAAGCUGAAACCUCGACAGUUGUUUCAGUGGAAGCAGUUGGAGAAUUUGUAUUUCCGUGAGAAGAAGUUUUCAGUGGAAGUGAACGACCCGCACAGAAGAGCAGUGACCAAGCGAACCUUUGGACAGUCUGGCCUGGUUAUUCACACGUGGUAUGCCAGCCAUUCACUAAUUAAAACCAUCUGGGUGAUGGCCAUCAGUCAGCACCAGUUUUACCUGGACAUGAAGCAAAGCAAAUCAAAGAUGACCACUACCAGGAGUUCAGGAGACAUCGCAGUAGACCUCACUGAGAUCUCCGCCCCCCGGAUCACUAAACUUUCCAGUAUUGAGAGCAAAAAUCACCUAAUAAUGGCCAGCAAUGGAAGCCUAAUCUCAACUGGUUCUGCUGACUCUGAAGUCAGCGAGGAACAGAAGAAAGAGAAGAUCGCUGAAUUGAAAAAGAAGGAAAAGGAACUUCAAGACAAACUGUCAGCGAAACUUGAAGAACUGAAAAAGAUCUGCUUAAGAGAAGCUGAGCUUACAGGAAGAUUGCCUAAGGAAUAUCCCCUGGCCACAGGUGAGAAGGUUCCUCACGUGCGACGGCGUGUUGGGACAGCCUUCAAACUGGAUGAUCUUUUCCCCUAUGAUGAGGAUCCACAUCUGAGGAAUCUGGAGAGUCGGUUUGCCUUGCAGCAAAAGAUUGUGGAAGCAGCCAUGAAGCUAGCCAAUGAGGCUGACCUGUGCAAGACUGUGAAAAGGAAAAGGAAGCACAACUAUCUUGACGCUAUGAGAAACCUGGAAGAGAUUGAGAAACAGAUCAACGACUACAGGGUCAAAAAAGGACAGAAACCCACUCAGAGAGCCUCACUGAUCUUACGAGAUGAUCCCCAGCCUUCAGAACUCAGCUCGCUAUCUGACAGCCUCACUCUGGAUGAUGAUGAUGAGCUUGGCUCCCAGAGGCAGCGGUCUCGUUCAGUCCAAUACUCCCCCAGACCACACCACGCAGACACUCUGGAUGCUCAUUACAAUAAAGACAGACGAGCCUCUGCCAAUGACCAGCUCGCAGACAGCAGAUUACAUUAUGACCAAGACCAGGAAGCGCACCAUUACAGUCACAAUGACACCUUAUCGGUCUACAGCAGCCCAUGUAAAGCAGCUUCCAGGCAGCCACGUGAUGCACGCAGCAUGCCACCCACUCCCCUCCUCACCCGCAACGCAUACAGCAGCACACAGCUGAGAUCAGAGGAUUCUCCACAACACUUCCGCCAGCGUAGCGGGAGUCUGGAGUCACAGUCUCAGCUCAUGAUCGAGACCAAACCAUCCAUGCCAACACUGACUGUCCCGUCAGCUCGACGCAGCAACAGCACCGAGAUGCUCGAUGACGGUUCCUCCUACACAAGCCAGUCUAGUGUGGAAUACAGCGUCCCUGGUAACCACCACACCCACGGGCGCAGAGUGCGCGGGCGCCACAGAAAAGACAUGUACGCCAACACGGGCAGCAUGCCCAACCUGGCUCAGCCAGACACUCGGUGCUAUGGCUACCAGCCUCGGGCUCGGCCCACCACAACAGCCUACUAUGUCACAGGCUAUCCCAACUACGCAGAACCGGAGCCUUACUCCAAUGGAGUCUAUGUUUACGACAAUGAAAUGGAGGGACACUAUAAUGUUAACCCUUCCUACCACCACACCCAAACAGCUUAUCAAAGCCCCAGCGUGUAUGGUCACUACGGUAAUGACGAGAUAGACGGUGCAUCACAGAACGUGUACGCCACGAUACGGCCAUCCAGGCAGCGUCCAGUGCCUCGAAGCAACGAACAGAUCAACAAGAACAUCCAGAAGGCCCUGGUGGCUGAACACUUGAGAGGCUGGUACAAACGUAACACUGCACAAAAACAGGCUGCGUACGACUAUGAGUAUGACAGAGGCUCCCAGCAGAGUCUGGGCUAUCCAACCACACAUGCACCACAAGCCUACAGCAGCAGGAACCUUUCCUACUCGUCAGUAGCCUCCAGUGGAAACUGGCACAGUCACAUGACCGGCAGUGCUAUGCUGGAAUAUGACAUGCCCGUGCAUGCACCGCAGUCUUUCUCUUACAGCACAGCCUCCUACGCCCACUCCACCCACAGCAGAUGUCUCCCAGAGUUUGAGUGGCGAGGAUGUGAUAGGAUGGCAUGCCCCCCUGGGUAUUUAGAGAGGUGUGGUGGUGCUUCCUAUGCUACUGACCAGGAAAAUUAUCCCCUCCCCCCCAAUAAUCAAAGUCACAGGAGAGAAGAAAGGAUCCUAUAUAGAUGUCAGCCAAAUGGACUCCCACAUCAACAGCCAAAUGCACACUAACAUGGACCCCGAAGAACAGCUUUACUGGCAUGAAGACUCAAAACCAGGAACAAUAGUUUAGCCGGAUACCUUACAACUGUGCAAAAACUUCACCUUGACAAAACGUCAUUGUGCCUUAAACUGCACUUACCUGUUUUGUAAUUUCCUUGUAAAAGGAACCCAAAGAAUGAAGGAAUUUAACUUCUGUGGAACUCAGCACGUUAAAUGAAGUAUUCUCAUUUCUGGAUCUCUUGAACGCAGUUGCCAAACUGAUGCCCAUCCCUGUAUUUUAAAUCACAACAAGAACCCCAUUGGAGUGUCUAAUCAUGGGGUUGCGAGUGUUUGUAGUGAUGGGACCUGUGCACUGAAACUAUACCAAGCCCUGCAGUGGACUGAAUGGUAUAGCAAAGGGUAUAGCAUUACUCUUUAGAGAUACUGAACCAAGGACGAAAACUGUCUCUCUAAGAGGAUACCGAGCGGCAAUGAACAAAGAACAUGACUGAUCCUGUUGUGCUACUUGCACACUCAUAUGAACACUGUAACCAUGAAGGAUUAGACACGGAUUUAUAAGGUCAUUAAUGAAGCACUGAACUCGUUAAAUAGGAGUCGAGAGAAAAGGCUACUUCCGGAAACAUUCUGCAGUCACCUGAUCCACGUUUCUAUUACAACAUCUGUUACCGUUCCGGUCUCUACACUCGUUUGUCAUUUACAAAGUAUUCAGUUUGCUUCACUGUCAAUACUUACACCAUAAUUGAGCCAAAUGCUUAUUUGUUGCACCACUUAAGUAUUACCUGAGUCACCAGUUUCGAAUAUUACUGCCUCUGUGGGAAGACAGAAAAACCAGUUUUGUUUUGUUUUGAACAUGGUUAUUUCAUCCAUGCUGGAAAUCAUGGACUGGUGCUCCAAAUUUCUCUCAAGAGAUUAAAACUGUGUAAAUGUUGGUAUGUAAAUACACUGGCUUAGUCUUUUUUUAUUAUUUUAGAGCAUUUUUAUGUAUUUGAAAAGCAUGUAAUAUAUAGUAAACAAUUAUUGUUAAGCUGGUUCUUAGUAAUUUGUAUAAUUACAAUGGUUUGGAUUAAAAAAAAAUUGAAUUUCCCAGUG